AUGUCGUCGCAAACUCCUGACGUCAACACUCUGUUGCACAACAUGCAUGCACAGAUUUUGGCGUUAACUAUGCAACUUGCCAAGCUCCAGGCAAACCCCCCUGCAGCAGCCCCCUCGGUUGAGAAGAAAUUCAACAAGAAAGUCGAAGUCGUCGCUGACCCUGGCGCCUUCGAAGGAGAUAAAGCGUGGCAGGUGAUCACCAAAAACAACUAUUCCCAGAGAAGCCCUGGGUCAUCAAACAAAAAAUCAAAUCACUCUCACGGGUUCCAACCAGGGCGGGGAACCCCAAUGGAUAUCGGCACGGUCCAGGGCGGACAGAUGCACAGAUUCACCUGCUACAACUGUGGCGAGGAGGGGCACAUAUCCCAAAAGUGUACAAAUGGAGCGCGGGCCGCUCAACAAAAAAAUAACCAAGGGCACCAGGUGCGCCAAUUAGAAGCGGAGAAACCGGAUGAUUGGCUCAAUACUCUGGCCGGUCGUUUGUACGACAAAAUCUGGGCCUUUUUUUAUGACCAACAGGUUGCUGAAAUGAAGACUCAGGGAAAAGAGUUCAGAGCUUAG